AGCCUGGGCCGACACAGCCUGCAGUUGAGCAUGAGUCUUCUUAUGAUUAGUGAGAAUGUAAAAUUGCGUCGUGAAUAUGCAUUGCUGAGAAACUAUGACUCUGCUAUGGUCUAUUAUCAGGGAGUUUUUAACCAAAUGAACAAGUAUCUAUACUCUGUCAAAGGUAUGUACCUCCAGCAGAAAUGGCAACAGGUUUGGCAGGAAAUAAAUGUGGAAGCCAAACAUGAUAAGGAUAUCAUGAAAACACUAGAGAGCGUUAAACUAGACAGCACUCCCUUGAAAGCUGCACAGUAUGAGCUUCCAGCUUCUGAGGGAGAAGUCUGGUCUAUGCCUAUACCUGUUGAACGAAGACCCUCACCGGGACCUAGAAAACGCCAAUCUUCUCAAUACAGUGACCCUAAAUCACAUGGCAACCGUCCAAGUACAGCUGUCAGAGUUCACCGUUCAUCUGCACAGAACCUUCACAAUGACAGAGGGAAAGCUGUUCGUUGUGAAAAGAAAGAACAGAAUAAAGGAAGAGAGGAAAAGAACAAAUCACCUACUGCAGUUACAGAACCAGAGACAAUUAAAUUUGAUAGUACUGGAUAUGAUAAGGACUUAGUAGAAGCUUUGGAAAGAGAUAUAAUUUCCCAGAAUCCCAAUGUUCGGUGGGAUGAUAUCGCUGAUUUAGUAGAAGCUAAAAAGUUGCUUAAGGAAGCUGUGGUGUUACCAAUGUGGAUGCCCCGAUUCUUUAAGGGAAUUAGGAGACCAUGGAAAGGAGUGCUGAUGUUUGGCCCACCUGGCACUGGCAAGACCCUCCUUGCUAAAGCAGUAGCUACAGAAUACAAGACUACGUUCUUCAAUGUCUCUUCCUCAAUUCUGACUUCACAAAUACAGAGGGAGUCUGAGAAGCUUGUUCACCCUCUGUUUGCAAUGACUCGGUUUUAUUCUCCAGCCACCAUAUUUAUUGAUGAGAUAGAUUCCAUUUGUAGUUGCAGAGGGAUGUCUGAGGAGCCUGAAGCAACUCGAAGGGUGAAAGCAGAGUUGCUGGUUCAAAUGGAUGGUGCUGGAGGUGCUUCUGAAAACGAUGAGCCUUCUAAAAUGGUUAUGGUUCUGGCAGCUACUAAUUUCCCCUGGGAUAUAGAUGAGGCUCUAAGACGACGUCUUGAGAAACUAAUCUAUAUUCCUUUACCAUCAGUAAAAGGCAGGGAGGAGCUGUUACAAAUAAGCCUGCAUGAACUGGAGUUGGCUGAUGUUGACCUUGCAAGUAUAGCAGAAAACAUGGAAGGUUACUCAGGAGCAGACAUGACCAAUGUGUGCAGGGAUGCAUCCUUGAUGGCAAUGAGAAAGCGUAUUGAAGGUUUGACUCCAGAAGAGAUCCGAAAUCUUUCAAAAGAAGAAAUGCACAUGCCUACAAUGAAGGAAAGAUAUGAGCUGGGUCUGCCGCCCAACACCAUGAUCCAGGGCACCUUGGAGCCAGAUGGUCCCCUCUGGGGAUGGGAUGGGGACAGUGAUGAUGACUGGGACAGUGUUGUACUGGCCUUGCUGGCACUGGGUGUGGUAGCCGCCACAGCACUAGCUUUGCACUGGUUUGGCUCUGAGCAGGACCAGGAGGUGGGAAGAGGAGUGGUAUCUGCACUGCACCUGAAGUCCAACAUCAAUGGCUGCAGCGAGGGACACAGCUCAAGAGAGGGGAAUCCAGACCUUUCAGAAUGCAGCCAGGGGAGUUCUGCUGCCACAGAAGACAGAGGGCUAGCCAGGCUUCCACCCAAGACAGAUCACAAAGUGGCCCUCAGAGGGGUCUUGGGACACCAGCAUGGCAAUGCCACCACCUUAGGAGGUAAAGGAAAGCAGCUUCCCAGGCCAAGCACUGCCCUGCCAGGCAGGAGCAAAGCAGGAGGGACAUCUGCCACCAUCCUAAUUCAUUUCACUCCUCGAAGUCCUGGCAGUGAAGUGGAGGAGCAGGCAGAAGCAGGAGGCGGCAGUGUCAAGGGGCCAGCUCUCCAGCAACAGGACACCAGUUCCCGGCAGUCAGGUGUGGAGCCCUCUGGCUCACUGGGGAGAGGUGGGGGCAGUCGGCAGGACAGAACCUGCUGCCCCCCCAAGCUGGACAGUGUGGUGAGUGUGUGGGAUGUUGUGGAUGCUGCUGCCAGCCUGGACGCCCAUGCCAGUGGCCUCUGCGCAGGCUCUCAGUUACCACCCAGGGCUCAGGAGCCUGCUCCCCAAGUACUGCCUGAGGCCCCCACCCUGAAGACUGGGGCUCCCACCCCCAGAGAGGUUCAGGGGGUCUUGGCUCCCAAGGCCAGCUGGCCCUGGGCCAGGAGGGAGGUCUUGGUCACCCAGAGCUUCAGCCAGGUUCCAGGCUCUACUGGGGGCUGCUCAGGCCCUGGGUCUCCUACCUGA